AUGAUUGACCGUUUUCAAUACAACAUCGGCGUUCCUGCAGAAGAUUUGGCCAAGUAUUGCCACGGAGGCUACCAUCCAGUUCAUCUCAACGACCUACUAUGUGACGGACGAUACCGAAUUCUUGAUAAGCUUGGCUUCGGGUCAUUUUCUACCGUCUGGCUUGCUCGGGAUGAGGUAAAGGAAAUAUAUGUUUCUAUAAAAAUUGUAGUCGCAGAACAGUCGCACAAUCACAACGGCGAGUUGCAAAUCCUGCAGACCAUCACACGAACCGGCGACACUACCCAUCCAGGCCACAAACAUGUGUCUCAUCUUAUAGACUCUUUCUACCAUGAAGGGCCAAAUGGGCGCCACCUCUGUAUGGUCCUUGAGCUACUGGGUCCUAAGAUAUCUUCAGUUGUCAAUAGAAGGCCAAACUACCGCCUGGACGGUAGACUUGCUCGUCGAAUCUCUUCACAGCUCCUUUUGGGAGUAGACUAUAUCCGUUCAUGUGGCGUGACACACGGAGAUAUACACUUGGGCAACGUGUUGUUUCGAGUCUCUGGUCUCAACAGGAUACCAACUUUUGACGACUCUCGAAUAGGAAAGGUGUCAAGGAAGGAUGGGGCACCGAGUGAAAAAGGUGUUCCGGAAUACCUGGUAGAGCCUGUGGAAUAUAAGUUUGACAAAAGCGAGAUUCUCGAUGAAAUUCAGCUUGUUGACUUUGGCGAGUCGUUCCUCAUCGGCAAUCCACCUAAAUCAAUAUGUACGCCUACGUCUCUCCACCCGCCUGAGCUGGUAUUCAGGCACCCCUUGACAGAAGUAGUUGACAUCUGGAACCUUGGAUGCACGACAUAUGAGCUUGUCACUGGGCGCACGCUAUUCGAAGCAUGGAUGGAUGAUCGCGAGCUGGUACCGCAGUUUCAGAAGGUGCUUGGUGGUGUCCCUGAUCAAUGGAUCCAGGACGCUCUAAAAACUGGAGAGGAUAUACAAGCGUCAUACGCUAAUGGCUAUGACAAAGAGACACUCGAUCUUGAUGAAGAGGAUCUCACGACAUUAGGAAGCUAUCUUCGCAGGAUGUGCAUAGUCGAGCCAACCCAACGAGCGAAUUUGACAGAAUUGAUGUCACAUCCAUGGGUUCAGGUAGACAAAGGAACCCAAAAAGAACAGUGA